UUUAGUACAGCGUUGGCGUGCGAGACAGACGGUUCGGUUUCUGGGCAGCAGCAGUCGCAGUCGACUUUAAAACGAGUUCGUUAUAAUCACUAUAGAGCAAAUAUUGUGUGUAGACAUACACACUCACCUUGCGGUGCCGAAAAUAAAAGCGAGCACCACAGCCAGUCAGCCAACCAGCCAACCAGCGAACAGAAGACGACCACAGAGAAGAGUGGCCAAGCCAAGUGCAGCCUCCCGUUUUCAGAGGAGCAGCGAGGAAAACCAAGGCAGCUCGAGUGCAUCGAGCGUGCAAAUUAAAAGCGAACCACAGUAGCUCCAACUACAACUCCAACUCCAUCGCCUCGACAUGGAAGUGGCCACAACAAACAAUCACAGUCAGAGCCACCAUCAUCAUCAUCAUCAUCAUCAUCUGCAGCCACCGGGGGCAGCGGGCGGAUCGAGGUCCCCCUUCCAGAGGGAGGUGCGUGAAUGGCAACGCAUCGAUCCCAGCACCGGAGCCCUCUUCAGCGGACGCUUGGAGGCAGACCGCUGGAUAAAUGGACCGCUGAACAGCUACGGCAAGAUAUCCGACUCCCAAAACAUCUCACAGCCGAAUGGCACACAGCACACGCAGCGCAAACAGUUGGAGGUGCUGAAGGCUCGCACCGCCAACGGCGCUAUGCAGGUGAUCCGCACCCAGACAGUACAAAAGAGCUCGUCCUCGUGGUCCUCCUCCACAUCCACCACCACCACAUCCACCACCCAACGCACCCGCAAUAGCAAUGGCUAUGAUGCACCUCCAAAGUCCACUAUCCUUCCCCAAAUCGAGCAGGGUGGUGUUGACAUUUGCGAACUGAGCGACGAUUGCAGUCUCAGCGGCAGCGAUGCUGGCAUUAUUCGUACCUCGUCCGCAUCCACAUCCGCCUCCGCCCCCGCAUUCGCAUCCGCACUGAGCCAGGAGCUCAUCGACGAUCAUGUUGACUUUGUUGUGAUUAAUGGCGAGGCGAGCGAUCAAGACGACGCUGCCGACGAGCAUUUGCACAAAGGCGGCCACAAUUUGUUACCCGAUACGGCUCCGAGUCUGAAAUUGAGCAAUCUAAUGAAAAGCAGUUCGAGCAUUUCCAGCCAGAGCAGCAACAAUUCGAACUUAACAACUGCAGCACAAGCGAGUCAAGCGAAACAAGCGAGCAACACCCACAGAAGUGCGGGCAAAAUAAGCCUACAUGCAAUUGUGGGACCAGAUUCGUCGUCGUCAUCAUCAUCAUCGCCAUUGUCAGCAUCAUCAUCGUCGGCGGUUUGGGCCAAGCAGGCCGACUUAUAUGGCCAACUGCCAGGCGGCGUGGGUGGUUCUGGCAGUACCUCUGCUGAUGCUGACGUAGCCCCGCCAACGCAUCGUCGUGAUUUGGAAAGUUUCCGGCAUUAUAACGAUGACGACGGAGACGACGAUCUGCGGCUCACGGCUCGCCACCAGCGUCGUCAGCAGGUGUCCCAGUCGGUCUACGCCCCUCCAGUGCCCUCCAUUGGAUCCACUUUGCUCCAGCGCUCCCGCUCCAUUUCCACGGAUGAUCUCAGCAACGACUGGGAGCGUGAGGAUCCCGCCGAGCAGCCGGUGGGCGAGUGGCGUCGGGUCAGCAAGUUGCGCAGAUCCUUCCAGUCCCAAGAUCACUACAAGAGUCCGGCUUCCUUGGCGGCGCGACCCACUAGACCCCUGGAUUUGCCGGGAAAUUCGGUGAGCGUGGCCCGUUUGCGGGCGGAACUGGAGAACGGACGUCGCCUGCACACGGCCAUGCGGAACAAUCACGUGGAUCUGGCCGCUCUGGAUAACAUACUAAACACUCCCCCCACAGCCAAGCCAACGGUGGCCAAGAGGAACACCUUCCUCACCGCCGAAUCCCUGCAGGAGAUACGCGGCAAGCUGAAGAAGCUCUCCGACGAGAGUCUCUACAAGGAGGACUUUCUGGCCUACCACCAGGCGAAGAAGCCAGUGGUGGUGGGAGAGAUCAGUGUGGAGCAGGCGGUUGCCCCCGAAGCAACUUCUGCUUCUGCCUUUCGACCCGUGCACAAUACCCACAGCCUGGAGUCGCAGUCCCGCCAGCGGCAAAAGGACACCAAGGACUCCAGCGAGUGGCACUUGCGGCGCAAGUCGUACGGCUUCGAGAAGAUGUCGCCGCCGGAGGACAAGAGCAUCUUCCGGGUAGAUGCCUCCACGGACAGUGGACUGGGCAGAUCCGGCGAGCAGCUGGGCAACUGGUCACCCACGGAGAGGGAAAGGGAGAGGAACGAAAGAAAUGCUGCAAAUCAAAAUCAAAAUGGUGGAGGAACCAUUGUACACUUCGGACGAUCCCUGAAACCCAUCCCAUCUUCAAGUCCCACAGAAGGAGAGCUCAGCAAGCGACACUCGAUUGCGGUGGAGGAAACGUGGCGUGACGUUCGCAAGACCUCGCAGGUGCAUGUAAAUGGAGGCAGUGGUGGAGCAUCCAGCUCCGUGAACAGCACCAGCCACAUCCUCAGCAAGGGCAGCGCCCAGAAACGAGUCGAGUUCUGCAAGACGGAGGUGCAUUUUGCCGCCGAAUCGGGUCGCGUCAAUAUCGUGGAGACCGACGGCAAGCCGCCGCCCACGCAAAACUUUCGCCGACGCCGCCGCACCACCGCCAGCGGUCCGCUCCAGAGUCUGGUUAAGUCGGCCAGUGCCGCCGGCAGUAGCAGCAGCACCACUAGCACAACCAGCACCACCACUCAGCAGCAGAGCAGCGAGGUGAUCCGCUUUGGCGACGAUCCACAGCGCCGCAAGACGAUAGCCACCAGCACGGUGGCCUACCGAGCCACGCUCAUGGAUCCGCCGGAGGUGGUUACUCAGCCAAUUUCGAGCAGCAGCAACAACUCCUCCAGCAGCACUCAGGUGACAGUGACCACUGUGGCCAAGCCGAUGCAUGAGCCACGAUACAGCCUGAUGGAGUCCACUUCACGGAACAGCUACACCUCAACCAGUGGAGUGGACACCACGGACAACGAGACGGAUGAGUUGUCCAACAUUCGGGGCAUCCUGAAGAACAAGCCCGUCAAACCGAAACCCUAUCACUUGGGGGAGAACAUAGAGAGUGCCGAUGUCCUCUGGAGUGUGCCCGCUAUGAAAGUGGAUCGGGAGAGUCCUUCAGCUAGAGAUAGUGGAAUCACGAGUGACUCACCAAUUAGUCCCAAGUCGGUGGCCGAAAGGAUUCGCAUCGUGGAGCAGCGGCAACAGCAUCAGCAGCCCUCGCCAGCUGGCAAUGGAUAUUCGACCAAGAUCAAUGUGAGCCUGGGCUCAGAGGAGUGGACAGAACCAGGCACCGCCUUGGAUCUUCAUCAGGUCAGCUCGAAACAGUUCUGCCAGUUCCGGCGUCCCAGUGCCCAGGAGCUGUUGCUGGAGGAUCUGCGCCAGCAUCAGCGCAUCCUGGACGAGGGCUUGAAGUCCACCUCGCUGAUCAUGAGGACCAUGCGGUCGGCCAGUGAAUUCGAUGAGGCCAUGCGACGCCUGAGCAUAGCUUCGAUUGAGUCCGCUCUGGUCCAGCCGACGAUUGUGGUGCCCACGCCCAUGCUGCGAUCGCACAGUUACCAGGAAGAGGGAUCCUACUCCUCAUCGCGCCGUCCUUCCACCGUGUCCACCACCUCCAUUACGAGCAGUGAUCUCUUCGGGAGUGCCCUCUACGACUCCCUGCCUCGCACUCCUUUGGCUCCGCCACGUCUCAAAUUGCUGGGAAACACACAAAUCCCGGUGAGCCAGCAGCUGACCCAGUUGAGACGGCUCUACGACGCCGCCGAGCAGGACCAGGAGGACAGUGCCGACGAGGAGGUGAAGCGCUACUUCCGGGACAGCAACAGCGACAGUGGCGGCGGCACACAGGGCAGCUCCUCGCCGGACCAACAGACGCCGGCGGAGUUGUUCAAGGGCAGCGAGUACUCCAGCAGCUGGAGUCGGAUGAAGGCCAAGCGAACCAUCUGGAAAAUCGAGGCACAAGACCAGAUCCUGCAGCGCGCAGAUCUUCCAAAAUCGAAUGUGAUGAAUAUAGCUCUGCACGCUCCCCGAAUCGAGAAGCCCAAGGCCACGCCUCCCACCCUGCGAAUUGGCCAACUCAUACCGGUGGCCAAGCCGAGGACACUAUUCAUUCAGCCGCAGGUCCAGGCGCAGGUCACUUCAGACAAUGCCGAUGAAUCCGGCAGCGAGUCCUUGAAGAUUGUCAAGGAGGCACGUGGAGCUCGCAAGCUGCGUGAGCAUGAGCUCUCCUACUUUGGAGUGCAGCAGAAGGAGCAGCAGCAGCAACAGCAGACGAAACUCUCCACAAUCAGCUCGAAUCCCCGAAGGACACUGCCCAGCCGCAGCAAGGUGACCCAACCAGGUGACGAGGUCACCAGGGCCAGCAACACCACGACCACCACCAAGUGGCAACUGCUCAACGAUCGACCCGACCUGCUGAGGCACAGCAGUCCUCAGGAGAAGAAGAACGCCACGUUCCAGGACGAUGGUCUGGAUGGGGAGGAUCUGGACGAGGAGCACUGUUACGAGAACAUUGCCACCGAGCUGACCACCACCUUCCGGGUCAAGUCGCCGGUCCACUCCCCGGACAGAUCCCGAUCGCCGGGCAGUUACGAGCGGAAAAGCGACCUGCAGAGGGACGCCCAGAUCCUCAGCGAAAUGACCCGCAACGCUGAUCAGACUUUGAAGGCUCUCUCCGACGAGGCGGCCAUCAAGGAUCAGCGGCGCAGAUCCUGUUCCCUGCAGCGUCGCAGCGCCAAGCCGCUGGAGACCAUCGACGAGAAGGUCAAAGUCUACCCCCAGUCGGUAGGCGUGGCCCGGGGCACCUUCGCCUCGGAGGCGCGUCGCAACUCCCGGCAGUCGACUCCAUCGCCCUCGAGGGCACGCAGCUCCUCCCAGUCCUCCAUCGAGUGCUGUCCACGCGAUCGAUCCCGCUCCAGUUCGCGGGAAUCGAUGACGCAUGGCGGCGGAUCAUCCGACGACCAGGUGGCCACCAAGCAGCGGGCCGAACGUCUGCGCAUGCGCACCCCCAAGCGGGAGAAGGCAACUCGUCAUGAGCCGAUCGAAGUUCGCGUCCACCGGCACAGCAGUAAGCCGAGGAGCAGUUCCAGUGCCACUGCACCGGGAUCAUCUUCUCUGGAGUCCAAGCGCAGCUCCCAUCGGCACAGCCGAGAGGUGGAUCACUCCACCAGUGAGACCAAGACCUCCUCCGGUAGUCGUUUGGUGAGAUCCUCCCGUGUCGCCGAUGAAAGUCGCCCCAGGCAGAGCACCCAUCGCGAUCGGGAGAAGGAACGCGACCGAGAACGCUCCCGAGGCACCGAGAAACAUCGCGAAGAACUCACACGCUCCAGGGGUCACUCCAGUCGCUCUAGGCACAGUGAGCACCCGUCGACGGGAACGCGGGAGAGCAGUCGGCCAAGUAAGACGAGAUCGAGUCGCAGUAGCCACGACACCACAACAUCGCACAAAAAGUCCACAACGACAGCCACGAGCACAACGGCAACAGCCGGUUCGAAAUCAUCGAAAACCACAACGCAUAAGCCAUCAGCCAGCACCACAGCAACAACAGCACCACCCACGCACAACGAACUGACGUACGUAUACGUAACGAAUUUAGCCCAUAAUCAAACCAUCGAGGAGACCCCCGAGGAUCGCCCUGCUAGAGAAGAUUCUGCCAAAGAGGCAGACUACGCAAGCAUCGACGAGGUGGAGGUGUCGAAAGUCCCACAGCCACCGCCGCGUAGCAAACGCAAGAGAUCUAUGAUCCCAGUGCCCGUAAAUCAGCCGGCCAGCUAUGAGUACCGCACCAAGUUACAGAUGAUCCCGCCCAGCUAUUCGAAUCAGUCCACGCUGAGGUGCAGGAAACCCUCGCUAAAGGCCACCCAAUCGACCAGCUCGAGCUUUGCCUUUCUGCCAUAUUUGCCAGCUAAGAGGAAUUCGAGUGUUAGCCAUGUUUAUGAUAACUAUCUGCUGUAUGCCAUGAGUGAAGAUCCGGGAAAGGCGGACAAGCUAAAGCCAUAUCAAAACAAUCUGAGCAAUGAGCAUGCCCAGCUUUUUGGCAGCUUUGGCAGCGGUGCGGGGGCGGUGGCCAGAGAGGGGCGUGGCCGCCUGGGCGGCUGGCCAAAGCGGCUGAAAAUGCGCCAAGUGCGCAGCACCGUUUCCACCCACCAGCCCUUCGGCAUCUGCACAUGUUCAUAGUCAGCGCGGGAUAGAAAAAAAAAAUACAAACCAAAAAAUCAAAAAAUCAGAAUAAAUAUAUAGUCCUUUGGCUGCCAGGAUCUCGUCACAAAAAUAUAUAAACACACCCAAAAUAAUACCCAAUGCACGUAUACGUUUGACACCAUUGCCGGCAAACAGCGAACUGCAUUUUCCUAACCCAAAACAAAACAAAACAAAACCACCCAACCACUGUGUUCCCCACUACUAAUACUAAACCCCAAAAAUAAUACUCAAGCGUGAGAGAUUUUCGUUGUUAAUUUUCAAUUAUUAUUUAUUUCGGAGCGCACACAAUCAAAAACUCGGCCAAAGCACACACUCGCACAAAAUGAAAAAGGGCCUGUCUGGGUUCAGUUUUUACUUUUCACAGCACACGGUAAAGGCACACUGAAUGGACACCACCAUCAUCAGCACCAGCACAGCAGCAGCGGCAAGCAUCAAGGAUCCGGACAUGG